CAUCAAGCACAAUUGAUGGUGCCGCCACGACCGGGGCAACAAUGACACACUGUCCAGCACUAGCACAGACGGUGAGCAUCUUCCCUGGAGCCCUUGGCGUGCGUCGUCCAUCGCGUCGCAAGGAUGCUUUUGCAAGGAUGCGACGAGACGGGAUUGCGUGGCGUGGCAUGCUCGCCUCACCCUCACCGAAAAGCCAUGGCGCGCACAUGAUUCCUCCGCCCACAAUGCCAGCGUCGUCGCCGUCACCGCAUCGGCAUGCCGACCGAGACGAGGACUAGCGGGGAGACGGAAUGAAGCCUGCGCCAAGAAAAGGCGGCGAGGAUCAUGAGCCACCAUCAUGGCGGCGUCGAGAUCGGGAUCCACGCAUGUGAGCGCGAGGACGUGACCAACUACUCCUCCUCCUGCUCCCUUUUACAGCUCACAAAGACGAAGCUUGGAGGAGAGGAGGCUGGUGACCUUGGUUGGAUUGGGGCCAUGCGCUGCUUUGCCUCCGCGAGUCCCACCCUUGAGUGCUAGAGCGGGGUAAAAUACUGGAUCCCGAGCUCGGAAAGAUGGCGUCGGUGCGAGUCGUGGCGCCCAAUCAUGGCGCCGGCUCGCGCUGCCCUCCUCCCUGGAAGCUUUAUCACAACCCCCACUACUCCCCGCGCGGCAUCACCCACCUCCCCUCCUCCCCGCGCCCACCUCGCCGAGCCGAGAAUCUCGAUUCGCCUAUGAUCGUCGUGCCCGUGGACGGCGGCGGCGGCGGCGAAGAGGCGGAGGAGCUCGACCAGGGGUACGGCGCCAUGUCGUCGGAGCUCUGCGUGGCGCGCAUCAGGGCGCUGCGGGCGGAGCUGGAGCUCGAGCGGCGCAUGCGGCGGAAGGCGGAGGCGCUGAGCGAGGCGCUGGCGGCGGAGCUGGCCGGGGAGCGGCGGCGGGGCGAGGCCGCGGAGGCCGAGUGCCGGGCGCUGCGGGAGGAGGCCGGCGCCGCGCGCGGGGAGGCGGAGCGCGCGUUCGCGGGCGCCGAGGAGGAGCGGCGGAUGCUGCGCGUCGCGGAACUCUGGCGCGAGGAGCGGGUCAAGAUGAAGCUCGCCGACGCGAGGGCGGCCAUGGAGGAGAGGCUGCGGGAGAUCGACGACGCCGUCGCCGAGCUCCGCGCCACCGCCGCCGCCAGCGACAACCACAAGAGCAGCUGCUGCGGCAGCAGCUGCAGCCCGAACGGCAAGGCAAGCCCGACGAGUCAACACGGUCAACAGAGCCCGAGCCGGAGCCAGCACGGCCAGGAAAGCCCGAGCCGGAGCCAGCACGGCCAACUUCACCGGCGCGAGGCCGUCGGCGGCGAGAACCCGCACAUCCGGAGAGGGAUCAGGGGCUUCGUCGAGUUCCCCAAGGCGGUCCGCGUGCGGCCGCGCGAGGACAGGGCGGAUCUGGUGUCCAACCUCGAGUGCCAGCGGGCGCAGCUGCGCGUGCUCAUGCGGCACCGGAGUCCCGCCGGCGGCAUGGGGCUCGUCGGCGCAUCAGAGAACCUGGUCGUUUAGUGCAAAAAUUUUGGGAUCUAAACACACCCAAUGCUGCCUCGGUGUUUUGCUCUGUUUUUUUUUUUCUCUCUCUCUCUCUCUCUCAUGUUCUGGGCAUUCUCGCAUUUUGGUACAGAAUGCUUUGGCCUGUUAACGGUGAAUUAUGGUGCUAAUCAUGUAAUCUACUAAUAGAAUUUUGUGUAAAUCAUGGCAAGAAACAUGAUGAAUUCGUCCUUGGACA